CCCACAAUUCACGACAUGUUCAAAGACUGUUUUAAAUAUUACAAAAGCCGUAAUCCACCUCCAAAUUUAGAAAAUGUACUAGAUCUUGAUAAUCCAGAUUUAAAUAAGGUUAUUAAAGUACCAAAUAAGAUUACUGAGUUGCCACCAGCUGAUUGUUUAGGACUAAAACCAAUUUCGUCAUGGAAAGUCUAUGAAUUUGUACAAAUUCCAGGAUUAAUAUUUAUAAAGAAUCCUUUUACUCCUGCUGGUCAAAGAUAUUGGAUUACUAAGUGUCUAAAAGAUUAUUCAAAAAAACCAAGUAAAUCAAAUAUAGAUGCUCAUAAUCUUUUAUUAGAUAAUGAAACGUGGUGGGAUGUCUGUACAACUGACAAAAAAAGAGCAAUCAAUUUAAUUUCAAAGUUGAGAUGGGCCACAUUGGGAUAUCACCACAAUUGGGAUACAAAACAUUAUUCAGAAGACUCUAAAUCAGAAAUCCCUUCAGACUUUGUAGAGUUAUCAAGAAUUUUAGCAAAAUCUGUUGGUUUUAUGAAUUUUAAUGCAGAAGCUGCAAUAAUAAAUUAUUAUCAAAUGAAUUCUACUCUUGCUGGACAUAUAGACCACUCCGAAAUGAAUAUGGAAGCACCACUGAUUUCUAUUAGCUUUGGUCUAACUGCUAUUUUUCUCAUUGGUGGUUACACAAUAGAAGAUCCAGCUUAUCCUAUUUUUCUCAACAGUGGAGAUGUUGUUAUAAUGUCAGGAGCUUCACGAUUAAAAUAUCAUGGUGUACCCAAGAUUUUAUCUGUAACAGAUCCAAUCUGGGAUGAUGAUUUGGAAAAGAGUCCAGAAAUUUUGAAUAAUAGUAAUGAUUGGUACAAAGCAAGACGUUUAAUUGCAGGAAUUCGUAUCAAUAUGAAUAAAUAUAUUUGUAGAUGAUGGGUGGUCAAACAACUUGUUUACGGUGAUAUGAAAAGUUCUAUAGACCUGAAAAAGUUUCUUCUAAUCUAACGUGGAAAAUAAAGAAAUCUUUAGAGCACGAAAA